AUGAAAUUCAGAACCCAGCUCUUCAGAGGCCGGUCGGUGUUCUCCAUACCGCUGACGACCUCUAGGGAAGAACCGGCUCAGCCAAGAGCGGCUAGCCAGAAGCAACUCAAGAAGGUGGAAGAAAACGAGCAGGCGCACAAAGAACGCAGCUCUGACGUGAACGUUGCUCUCGGCCAAGGCGGGUCCACCGAAGUCACGCCCAUUCGGACACCAGGAAGCUGUGAGCCCUCCCGCCACCCGGCCCUGAAACCCUUAUUGGCUCCGCCUGGCUCUGGAUCCUCCUCUAGACCCACCCACACUGCGCUACGGGCGUUUGAGAACGGUGCACCGGUCCCGCCGGAAGUACUUGCCUGGGCGGAAGCUUCUGAGCCACCAUAUAGCGGAAGUGCCUUCUUUUCCGGCCUCUUUGGUCUCGGUUGCGGAAACAAGAUGACGAAGGGGACGUCAUCGUUUGGAAAGCGUCGCAAUAAGACGCACACGUUGUGCCGCCGCUGUGGCUCGAAGGCCUACCACCUUCAGAAGUCGACCUGUGGCAAAUGUGGCUAUCCUGCCAAGCGAAAGAGAAAGUAUAACUGGAGUGCCAAGGCUAAAAGAAGAAAUACCACUGGGACCGGUCGAAUGAGGCACCUAAAAAUUGUAUACCGCAGAUUCAGGCAUGGAUUCCGUGAAGGAACAACGCCUAAACCCAAGAGGGCAGCUGUUGCAGCAUCCAGUUCAUCUUAAGGAUUUCAAGGAUUAGUCACACAAUAAAUGUUCUGGUUUUAAAAAA